GCUACGUUCAGCAAGCGCAACGGUUGCACAACGGUUCAGUGAAAAGCUGCUGAACGCGCUGUUGUCAGUGCCCGAUAUGCAACGUGUUUAUUGAGCGGACGCCAUUUUUUCCAUCAUAUUUUAAGACCGCUACCUAAGCUCAACAUGUUGUCGGUAAGCAACAUAAUCUAAAUAGACACAUUUUUUCUAUUCAGAAGACUAGAAGGAAUCUGCCGAAUCUGCCGAAAUGUUUUUAAAAUAUGGUCGAAUUGGAAAGGGAAUAUAAUUAUAAUAAUAUCAUAUAUAAAGUCUUUGCAACAAGAGAUGUACACAACAGUUUACAGAACAAUCCAAACUUUUUUACGACAUAUUUUACUGAAAAUAUGUCCUCACAAGAAGCAAUAAACGUUUCAGAAGAAAAAGUUUCAGUAUUUACGUGGACAAAGCAAGCAACGAAAUUGUUCUUGCAAGCAUAUUUUGAGAGAAAAGAGCAGUUCCGCGAUCCCAAAGUACGGAAGAAGAGUUUAUGGACACAAAUAUGUAACGUAAUGUCAAAUAAAGGUUACAAUGUAGAUGAAGAUACAGUAGACAGAAAGAUGCGCAAUUUGAAAAAGACAUAUCGUACAAUAAAGGAUAAUAAUAAGAAAAGUAGCACUGGACGAGGUCGCAUACAUUGGGAUUAUUAUGAUACUUUUGAAGAGAUAUUUAGAAAUGAUGCAACUAUAAAUCAUGGACCAUCAUUAUCUUCAAUGCCAUCCACAUCAAUAAAUACAAAAUCAAUUCCAUCCACAUCAGAAGUUACAAAUUCAGUGCCAUCCACGUCAAGAGUUACAAAUUCAGUGCCAUCCACGUCAAGAGUUACAAAUUCAGUGCCAUCCACGUCAAGAGUUACAAAUUCAAUGCCAUCCACGUCAAGAGUUACAAAUUCAGUGCCAUCCACGUCAAGAGUUACAUAUUCAGUGCCAUUCACGUCAUUAGAUGCAAAUUCAAUGCCAUCAAAUGAAAACUCGUCAUUCAUAUCAAAUAAAGAAAUAAAGUUUUUUGAAACUAAUGAUCAGAUAAUAAAUCCAACGCAAAAUAAGAUGUCAUCUGCAGUCAUUGGACUAUCAUCAUCAGAGUCACGAUCGCCAAGUUCUGAUAAAGAAAAUAAAAGAUGUAGGAUGAAGACGCUAUCGUUAAUGCGAAAAAAACAACUUGAUGUAGAAAACAGUAAAAUAGAAGAAAUCAAGAGACUAAAAGAGGUGAUGGAUAAUAGUAAUAAAUUACAAAAAGAAAAUAACAGUAUACUUAAAGAACAAAAUGAUUUAUUAAAAAAUAUUCUCUUGGAAAUGAAGCAAAAGAAGAAAGAAAAAGAAGAAUAA